GCUUAAAGUGGAGAUCUGAAUAUCCCAAGUUUGAUGCAGAGUGUCUGUCAAUUGAAAGGCUGAAAAAAAGAAAAGAAAUCAAAGUAAAGUAGUCCAAAAAACAGUGCUUGCUUAUCCCCAUUAGUUCACAGCCUGUAAGAAGCCUUGAAAAUCUGCAAGAAGCCGACAAUUGGAGCUAAUUCCAAGCAUCCCAUGUGGGAUUCUUCCUUUUUCUCACAGUCUCUGUUUCCCUGGCUGCUCUGCCUCAUUUAAUCUCUGCUUCUUUCUCUGUUUUGAGUUGCAUCUGAAGUGAUUUUCCCGGAAAAUCCUGCUUUACUUUUUCAGGGAUUUGGGUUUUCCAUCAUGUGGGAAUCAGAGAAUGAGUUGGUGGAUGGGAGAGAAUAUGGCAAUGGACUCCUUAGUUCGAGCAAGCACAGCGUCAAGACCAGCGGGUUUGAGCUAAGGGGCCAGUCAUGGUAUGUUGCAACUGAUAUUCCAAGUGAUUUCCUAGUUCAAAUUGGAGAUGCUAAUUUCCACUUGCACAAGUAUCCCCUGCUUUCUCGGAGUGGGAGGAUGAACAGAAUCGUAUACGAAUCGCGCGAUGGAGAACUGAAUAAGUUAGUUAUGGAUGACCUUCCAGGCGGUCCUGAAGCAUUUGAGCUAGCAGCAAAGUUCUGUUAUGGCCUUGCUAUUGAUCUAACAGCAGCCAAUAUCUCUGCCCUAAGAUGUGCUGCAGAGUACUUGGAAAUGACAGAGGAUUUAGAAGAAGGUAAUCUUAUCUUCAAAACUGAAGCUUUUCUCAGCUAUGUAGUCUUAUCCUCAUGGAGAGACUCUAUACUGGUCUUGAAAAGCUGUGAGAAACUCUCACCAUGGGCAGAAAACCUUCAAAUUGUCCGAAGAUGCAGUGAGUCUAUAGCUUGGAAGGCCUGUGCCAAUCCGAAAGGAAUCAGAUGGGCCUAUUCCGGAAAGCCCCCAAAAGUUUCCAGCCCAAAAUGGAACGAGAUGAAGGACUCAAGCCCCAGCAGAAACCAUCAACAAGUUCCUCCCGACUGGUGGUUUGAAGAUGUUUCAAUUCUUAGGAUUGAUCACUUUGUCCGAGUUGUCACUGCAAUUAAGGUAAAAGGGAUGAGAUUUGAAUUAGUUGGAGCUGCAAUAAUGCAUUAUGCAGCUAAAUGGCUUCCAGGGUUAAUAAAGGAUGGGGUGGGGAUGGGGAUGGGGAUGGGAAUGGGAGAUGAAGGGAACACCAUUAUAGAUAGUUGUAGUAGUAGUAACAGUAGUGGCUGCAGUUGGAAAGGUGGACUCCAUAUGGUUGUGGCAGGAGCUAAAGAUGAUCCACCAUCUGUCCAGGCCAAAGAACAACGGAUGAUCAUUGAGAGCCUCAUCAGCAUAAUUCCACCGCAGAAAGACAGUGUCUCCUGUAGCUUCCUUCUACGGCUCCUGAGAAUGGCAAACAUGCUAAAAGUGGCUCCUGCCUUGGUUACUGAAAUGGAGAAGCGGGUGGGAAUGCAGUUUGAGCAAGCUACAUUGCCAGAUCUUCUAAUCCCAUCUUAUAAUAAAAUUGAAACUUUAUAUGAUGUGGAUCUUGUUCAGAGGCUCUUGGAGCAUUUUCUUGUUCAAGAACAGACAGAAAGUUCAAGUCCAAGCAGACAAUCUUUCCCAGAGAAACGCAUGUAUGAAGGAACUCAAAGGAACAAUGGAACAAAUGCCAAGAUGAGAGUGGCAAGACUUGUUGACAGUUAUCUUACGGAAGUGUCCAGAGAUAGAAGCCUCUCCCCAACAAAGUUUCAAGUAUUGGCUGAGGCUUUGCCAGAAUCAGCAAGAACUUGUGAUGAUGGGCUUUAUCGAGCAAUUGAUUCCUAUCUUAAGGCCCACCCAACACUCUCUGAACAUGAAAGAAAGCGGCUCUGCCGUGUUAUGGAUUGCCAGAAGCUCUCAAUUGAUGCAUGCAUGCAUGCUGCUCAAAAUGAACGGCUCCCACUAAGAGUAGUGGUGCAAGUUCUUUUCUCUGAACAGGUGAAGAUAAGCAAUGCAAUAGCCAACGGCUCCCUAAAAGAAGCUGGUGAAUCUCACUACCAACCUAUGAUAUCAAACCGAAAAACAUUACUUGAAGGGACACCACAAUCCUUCCAAGAAGGUUGGGCAGCAGCUAAGAAGGAUAUUAAUACACUUAAGUUCGAGCUUGAGAGCAUGAAGACUAAGUACCUUGAGCUCCAAAAUGACAUGGAGAAUUUGCAAAGACAAUUUGACAAGGUGUCAAAGCAGAAACAGACAUCAGCUUGGACCAGUGGGUGGAAGAAACUCAGCAAAUUUACCAAGAUGACACCCUUAGAAACUCAUGAUAUCGGGUCUCAACCCACAGUUGCUACAGAACAGGCUAGAAAGACGCCUAGAAGGUGGAGGAAUUCUAUUUCCUGAAAACUGAGAAAGACAGAAGAAGUAAUUGCCAAGGACAGGAUUCUACCUUUCCUAUACUGUGUCCUAAUGUGCUCCCUCUCUCAGUGUGAGUGUGUGUGUGUGUGUGCGCGCGUGCGGGGACAUGUGCAUGUUUCUUUUUUUCAUUUUAUAGAAAUUUCUAAACAAAUCAUAUUAAGUAGGAACAAUUUUUACAAACCUUUGUUUUCGGCAUUUGUAGGUGAGUUUGCCUACUAUUUUAUCAUUGUUAUGAAAUUUGGUUACAAGAAGAAUGUACUACAGUUAAAACAUAGUGCAACAAUAAAAUUUAUACUAGUACCCA